AUGAAAACAUCUUUUCGUGCCAGAGUCAAAUCUGUUGGGGACCUCUGGCUUACCCUUGAACGCCGUUGCGCUAGAGUCAUCAGUCAGGACCCCUGCAAGGUAGGCAUGCACUUUACUCCUCCAAUACCCAACUCUCAACCCGGCCAGCCGUUUUCCGUUGGCCUUGAACGAUAUUACGUUCCGUCGCAUAAUAUUCACAGAUACGGAGAUCAUUGGGAUGGUUGGUGGGAUGAAGAUCCCGUUACAAUUCCAGACCUGAGCACGCUGCUCAUCGCAAACCUUGAGCCCGCAGCAGACGCUUCUAGUCGACUACCGAGCAAACUCAUCAAGUUCAAGAAACACAUUGAGAGUCUGCCACAAGAAGUAAAAGAUCUCAUUUGCUUGUUUCUCCCUCACGGUCAGCUCCCUCUAGAAUGCAAUUACAUCAUGCCCCAGUCCAUGUGGAAGCAAGUGUUUUUCCAAGUCCCGUUUCUUUGGGACCUUGACACUCAAGUUAUCCAUGAAAAGACUGCUACAGGGGACUCAAAAUCAGAACAAUGGGACUGGGAGAAGAUUGCAAGGCAGGUCAUGAGUCCAGCAGAGGCUUCGCCAUGUGGAGCACUCGAGGAUGACGAGGGCAUAUGGAGUUUUGACAGAGUUGGCCUCAGUGUCCCUGGUGGCUUUACCAACCGACGUCGGAUCUGGCAGAUAUUAGAGGAAAUGUAUCCCAACGACGUGCUUCUUUAG